GCCAUCGAAAUAAUCACUUAUCCCUGCGCGUCAUUGUCAGUACUGGACAGAGUCUUUCCAUGAUCGCAUAGAUAUCAAGAUGAACCCAAUGCUCAAGGAUCCCGCGGCGGGCGUGCCGCCGCAGCUGUUACCUCACAUGCAUCUGGUCUCGAAGUAUCGAUAUCCAGUCACGAGCAAUCCCUCUUUGGAGACCAUCGUUGGCUACCUUCUCGAAGCCCCCAAAAUCGUGCGCGACCUCCAGCCGGUGCAAUGGCAGUUCAUCGAUACGCCGCAAGACGGCAUGUUGAUGCUCACAUGGCAACCACUUGAAUACCUUGGGACCGCUUUCGCAAGCGACGGCUUUGUUUGGGCAGACGCAGAACAUGUUUUCAAGUCAGAAGUCAGAGGAUAUACUCUUGAGAUGUUCGUGCAGAGGUCCGGCUAUCGCGCAUCCGGAGAAGCCAUGGCGUCCCAUAGUAGGAGACGUUAUAGACUUCUUCCAGGCAACCCCAACCUUGGACUGCCUGCUCCAGAUCCGAGCCUAUGGUUGACACAUUAUUCAAAAGCCUCUGCUCGUGACCAUGUUCCUUCGGCAUCCAUACCUCUCCUACCACACAUCCAGCAAUUGCUUCAAGCACGAAGAUUGAUACAGAGCCAAGGACAAUUGCCGCGAAAAGAGUUCAUGUUACAUGAUCGUUCGAACUGGCCUACAAUUCAUCUUCCUCCCGCGAUGGCCAGGGCUGCUGCACCAGGUCAGGUAGCUCCUGGCGCCGUUACCCACAGAAGAGGCACCAGCAUCGCGGCGGACACCACUUUAGAGGAAGAGGAGGACGUGUCCCGAGGCGACCUGCUGGAUUUCAUGACAUCCAAGGAGAUCAGUCGCAUACGCUACGAGCAACACCAUGAGUGGAUGGAGGAAGUCCUUGAGUCGCCGUAUCCUACGUUAUCCAUCAUACCCAGCGAUCUCGGACUGGGACGAAAAGGCCCGCUUGAAGAGCUGACUAAGGACUUUUUUGAUGCCCCUGUGUCUGUCACGAAUGGGUCAGGCAACGAACCGCCAUCACGAGUUGGGAAGAUGCCAGACGGACAAGCCGAGGAAUUCGCCGAGCGAGCAACCAAAAAGCUGGCAGACAUGCAGGCGGAGCUAGAAAGCAUGAGGAAACGACAUACUCGCAGGAUGGAGAAAUUGCAGCGCUCGAGCACGCUGACCGUGGCCGAGAAGAAAUUACGCACAGCCCCGAAUGUGGCCGAACGACGAGACUCGUCGAACGCAAAGAUCGAUAGUGUCCCGGAUACAAGUUCGCGUGACCCUGUGGAAGGGAUCGUAUAUUCUGUCGAGACAGACACGGGGAAGCAGAUCGCGAAGAGUACUACUGUCACUGUAGUAUCAAGAGGAGGGUUGGAGGAGCGAGUGAAGCCAACAGCGGUCACACAGGCGCCAACCGUCCCUACUCCUGCUCCACAGGAAAAGGCCGCCAAUCCACCUAUUGGCGGAAUAGGUUCUAGCAUCCCACAACCACAGCAGCCGGCCUCAGUUGAUGCUCCUGAGAAGAAGCCAGAAGCGAACGACACGGCUAGGGCACCGAGCGAGCAGCAGACCAGCACGGAAACCAAUGAUACAGCCCAACCAACACCUUCAGUAAACCAGCCAGAUCCAGUUGCGGCCACAAACCAAGAGGUCGAAGCGGCGGCUGACGAAGGUCAACCUGGUGAUACUCCAGAACUCGACGACGUAGGGAUGGAUGUGAAUAUGGACGAUUUCGGCGAUGAUGUUCAAGAGCAGGAUGGGAAUCAAGAUGGCAAUGAAUGGGUCAUGAUUGAUCAGGAGGGUGGGCAAGAUGAAGGAGCCAUGGACGUUCCCGAUCUCCCGGCCGAGACUCAGCCACAAGAAGACCAGAUCGAAUCGGAGCAGAAUGAUGAUGCAACCACUGCUCCAACGACGAGCGUUCAACAACAGCAGGAACAAGCACAGCCUACACAAGACACAGCGCUAGAUACCCCAGACUUUGAUAUGGGUGGGGACUUUGACAACGUCGACGUAGAUACGGCUGGGGAUGCACUUGCCAGCUACGGUGAUGAUGAUCUCAACCUGGAUAACGUGGAAGAUUCGGCGUUUGGAGAUGCCUUUCAUCCCGAGGAAGAUGAUAUAUCGUGAGCGGUUGUGAAAUGGCAACUUUAAGAAGGGAGUGGUGGAGCGCAGAAAUUUUGGUGUUUACGAGAUAAAAGAUAGAAGCCCACGGCGAUCGCGCACAUAACGACGCACGUGCUACUGAAAGACUUUUUGACUUGGUCCAACAGGACUUUCGUC